CAUCAAUGGAGCAUGGUGAUGCAACUGCAUUACUAAAACACUUUAGAAGACAAGCUAAGCUGGAUCCUGGCUUUUUUCAUGAGGUAGAGGUUGAUGUGGAUGAGAAUAUUGCUAGUAUUUUUUGGGCAGAUGGGAAGAUGCGGAUGGAUUAUCAUUUUUUCGGGGAUUCAGUUAGUUUUGAUACUACAUACAGAACGAAUAAAGAGUAUCGACCACUAGCUCUGUUUGUUGGUUUCAACAACCAUCAUCAACUCACUGUGUUUGGAGCUGCCCUUCUAUAUGAUGAAACAACGGCAACGUUUGAGUGGUUGUUUAAUCAGUUUUUGGAAUGCAUGGGAGGUGUGAGCCCGUUGUCUAUUUUUACUGAUCAGGCUGCUGCAAUUGCUGCUGGUAUAAGGUCUGUUUUCCCAAGUUCUUUCCAUGGAUUGUGUUCAUGGCAUAUCUCACAGAAUGCAGUUGUUAAUUUGGGAUCUUUGUGUGAUUCGGAUUUCCUUUGUGAGCUUAGCUAUUUGAUGUACAAUGUUGAUGAUGAGGAUGAUUUUGAGUAUAAUUGGAAAAGAAUGAUAGAUAAGUGUUUCCCUGGGAAAGGACCUCUUGGACACAGUUGGUUACAAGGUAUUUACAAGGUGAGGGAGAAGUGGUCAUCGGCUUGGGUGAAUUCUCAUUUUGGUGCUGGUAUGAAGAGCACCCAGUUAAGCGAGUGUUGCAACAGUAAUCUUCGUCAUUACUUGCAGUCAGAAUUUAGUAUU